AUGAACGCGACGGACCCGGAUGUACUAGUGGCAAGAGGCCAACUGGACGUCCUGUACCGGGGGGCCGAGUACGCACUGGAUAGCGGUCGAGCAGUGGACGGCACCCUCGACUUCAACCUUACCUUCGAUAACACCACUGUGUACAACGUUUCCACUGACCCGGAGGAACCUUGGAACGAAUACAUUAAACUACUUUAUGACAGAGCACUGCUCGUCUCCUUCCUUCUCCUGUUCUCACUGACGACUGUCUUCGGCAACAUGCUCGUGAUCCUGGCCGUGGUGCGCGAGCGCUACCUUCAUACUUCCACCAACUACUUCGUGACGUCACUGGCGGUGGCAGACUGCCUCGUGGGGUUGGUAGUGAUGCCCUUCUCUGCGUUAUAUGAAGUGCUAGAACAUACGUGGUUCUUCGGUGUAGACUGGUGUGAUGUGUGGCGGUCUUUAGACGUAUUGUUUAGUACGGCCUCCAUUUUAAAUCUUUGCGUGAUCUCAUUAGACCGGUACUGGGCUAUAACAGACCCUAUUACAUAUCCGAUGCGUAUGAGUGGACGGAAGGCAGCGUUCCUUAUCGCGGCCGUGUGGGUGUGUUCUGGUGCGAUAUCGUUUCCUGCCAUCGCGUGGUGGCGAGCCGUGCGUGUAGAGGAAGUACCAGACUAUAAGUGUCCGUUCACGGAAAACUUGGAGUAUAUAAUAUUUUCAUCGACAAUAUCAUUUUAUUUACCACUGUUUGUGAUGGUGUUCACUUAUUAUCGUAUAUAUCGUGCAGCGACUAUUCAGACGCGGUCCCUUAAAAUUGGCACUAAGCAAGUGAUGAGACCUAGUGGUGAAUUAGAGUUGACGUUACGUAUACAUAGAGGAGGGACUGUGCGGCAGCGGAGUGACGCGUGUCACGGAGUGUGUACACCGGAGGAGGCUGACCAGGAGCCUCUGACGGCACUACAGAAUAAUGGUUUGUCGCGUUCCUCGACGCGACUGACUAACGUGACGCAUGGAAAACAUCUGCCAAAAAACUUUUCGCUGUCUCGUAAGUUAGCGAAGUUCGCCAAAGAGAAAAAGGCGGCUAAGACGUUAGGUAUAGUGAUGGGUGUGUUCAUAGUGUGUUGGUUGCCGUUCUUUGUGGUGAACCUGCUGUCGGGGAUCUGCUCCGCGUGCAUAGCGCACGAGGAGAUCGUGAACGUGGUGGUCACGUGGCUCGGCUGGGUCAACUCUUCCAUGAACCCUGUCAUCUACGCGUGCUGGAGCAGAGACUUCAGAAGGUACGUAUAA